AUGGUGACGCAAACCACCACCGUCCAAGCACAAAAUGACAACAUCCAGCUCUCUCCAGACAAGUCCAAGCGCAUCUCGCCCGAAGCCCUAUGCCACGUUGUCCUGCGCACGACACCGGACAACUUCGAAGCCAUGGUAGAGUUCUACCUGACGAUGCUCGGAGGGCGAGUCUCGCACCGAUCGCACCGCCUAUGCUUCAUGACAUACGACUACGAGCACCACCGCAUCGCCAUCGUCAAGGACCCGACAGCGAGCCCGCGCAAGGCAGGUGCCCCGCAGGUCGUCGGCCUGCACCACGUAGCGUUCGGGUUCAAGACGCUGCAGGACCUAGCCGCGUCGUACGAGGAGAAGAAGGCGGCGGGGAUCUUCCCGGUCUGGUCCGUCAACCACGGCAUGAGCACCAGCAUGUACUACGAGGACUUGGACGGCAACCAGCUCGAGUUCCAGGUGGACAACUACGAUACGGUGGCCGAGGCCGUCGAGUUCAUGGCUUCUCCCGCGUUCGAGGAGAACCCCGUGGGAGUCGACUUCGACCCGGAGGUUUUUGUCAAGAGGGUUAGGAGCGGGGAGGACGAUAGGAGUAUUAAGGCUAGGCCGAAUAUUGGGCCGAGGGAUAGGAAGUAA